GGAAUCCAGAAUCGGGUUCCCUGUGUUACGUUGCUAUCAUGGCGGAUGCCCACGUAGCUCGUAAACACUGGAGAUGUACCCUGGAAAGAGCAGAGAAAUUCAUUUCAAAUCAGUUCUUUUCCGAUGUCAACUUGUAUAGCAAGUUGUAUCCCAAAUCCAAACCUGUUUCAUCCAUCASUCACUAUGCUGCUCCCGGUCGCAUUCCAUUCAGUGAAGCAGAAAGAGGAAUCUAUUCUCCAGUGAAAGUAGGGGAUGUCUUUGGACCAACAUGGUCUACACAUUGGUUCAAAGUGACAUGUGAAAUCCCAGAGGAAUGGUAUGGUGAAAGAGUUCAUUUCAGAUGGAAUUCAGGAUGUGAAGCAAUGGUUUGGCAAGAUGGAAAACCAAGACAGGGUUUGACUGGUGCUGAUGGCCACCAACAAAGAACUGACUAUGUAUUGACAUACAAGGCAACUGGAAAACAAAGUUUUAUACUUUACAUUGAAAUGGCAGCCAAUGGCAUGUUUGGUGCUGGAAAGAAUGGCCUCAUCAAUGCACCGGAUCCAUCACUAACUUAUAGUCUAUCUAUGGCAGAGAUUGCUGUCUUUAAUGUCGAAUGUAAUAAGCUUAUUGAUGACCUUGAUGUUAUCAUUGGCCUUGCAAAGAACUUACCUGAGGGAAGUAAACGCUCAUUUGAUGCACUAUAUACAGCUAACAAAAUUGUUAAUGCAUGCUCUGUUGAUAACAAAGAAACAUUUAUUGAAGCUCAUAAAAGUAUAGCAAUGCCUUUCUUUCAACAAAGAAAUGGAGAAAGUCAACACAAGGUUUAUGCUAUUGGGAAUUGUCACAUCGAUUCUGCAUGGCUGUGGCCAGUUGCAGAAACGGUGCGUAAAUGCGGACGAAGUUUUUCAACGGCUGUCAGACUCAUGGAAAAGUAUCCUGAUUUCAAAUUUGCCUGCUCUCAGGCUCAGCAACUUGAAUGGGUCAAGAUUUAUUAUCCAACACUUUUUGAAGAACUCAAGACCUUUGCUGCUAAGGGACAGUUUCUUCCUGUUGGUGGAACCUGGAUUGAAAUGGACGGUAACAUCCCAAGUGGCGAAGCUUUUAUCAGGCAGUUUCUUGUUGGACAAAAGUUCUUUAGAGACGAAUUUGGCAAAGAGUGUGAUGUGUUUUGGUUACCUGAUACGUUUGGUUAUUCAGCGCAAUUACCGCAAAUCAUACAAGGAUCUGGUAUUAAAUACUUUUUGACGCAGAAAAUUAGCUGGAGCCUCAUCAAUAAAUUCCCGUUCAAUACGUUUUUCUGGCAAGGAAUCGAUGGCACAAGAUGCCUGACACACUUCCCUCCUGCUGAUACUUAUGAAUCCAAAGGUGACGCCUGCGAUGUCCUCAAGACAGUACGGCAGCUGAAAGACAAAGGUCGCGUACACGGCAGUGUUUUAUURUAUGGUCAUGGUGACGGAGGGGGUGGGCCAGCAGAAAAGAUGAUUGAAAUGUUGCAAAGAAUGGAAGACGUCGAUGGGUGUCCAAAGGUAUAUUUUGGAACACCAGAUCAAUUCUUCAAAGAAGUCGACGAAAAAGACUCAUCUGAACUUUGCACGUGGGUAGGCGAAUUGUACUUGGAACUACAUCAAGGUACUUUCACUACGCAGGCGCAGAUUAAAGCUGAAAAUCGAAGUGGCGAAUUCCUGCUUCAUGAUGCUGAAAUGAUGUCAGCUUUGGCUUGGUCACUUGGUGGUCAGCGCGCAGAAUUGUAUCCUAGUGACACUUUUCUUCAUAUCUGGAAGCUAUUCCUUUUGAACCAGUUCCACGACAUUCUGCCUGGAAGCUGUAUUCGUGAAGUUGUUACGGAUGCCAUGAAAGCUUACAAAGAAGUACGCAGUGCUGCAAGAGAGAUUUUUGAUUCUGCCUGUGGAAACUUAAUGUCCAUGUUAUCGUGCAAUGCAACUGAGAGAUCCAACAAGCCAGUCCUCAUCAAUACGUUGUGCGUGGACAGACAGGAACUGGUUAUUAUAUCACAGGAAGCAUUCGAUGAAUUACCCAAAGAUGAACGAUCGCUACUGCAAACACAGCAAAUGUAURAUGGACAAAUAGUUGUGUUGGUGUGUGCCCCUAGUGCGAGCGUUGGUGUUAUCAACAGCCCUUCAUCUCGCGUACAUCCAGUGUCUGUUCGACAAGAUAAGGUAAUAAUUGUAUGCUAUUCAUGUAACUUAGAGCGGAUUUCAAAACCAAUUGUGGAACCUACAAACCCAAACGGUCAGCUGAGAAUCACGGAGAAAGGUCCAUUGCGAGUCACUCUAGAGUUUUCUUUGACAAUUGGUCCUUCAAGUUCCUUGACGCAAGUUAUCGUGGUUGAUGCAUGUCACCCUUACGUUAGGUUUGAUACUAAGGUAAACUGGAAUGAGAACAGGAAGUUUCUUAAAGUGGAAUUCCCUGUUGAUGUCCAUGCGAUGAAUGCAACAUAUGAAAUUCAGUUUGGUCAUUUACAAAGACCCACUCAUUGCAAUACGACAUGGGAUUGGGCCAAAUACGAGGUUUGCGGUCAAAGAUGGGUUGAUUUAUCAGAACAUAACUGGGGCGUCUCWCUCAUGACAGACUGUAAAUAUGGCUACUCUACUCACGGCAACACAAUGAUGAUUUCAUUGCUUCGUUCUCCCAAGGCACCUGACGAGGAAGCUGACAUGGGUAUCCACGAGUUCUCGUACUGUAUGUUUCCUCAUUCGGGUACUUUCCAAGAGGCUGGCCUCGUCCGUCAAGCUUACUGCUUCAAUGAUCCUCUUCAUAUUUGCUACCAAAAUGUUGGCAAUGGGUUCAAAUCCAAGUCGUUUUUUCAAGUAGACAAUCCUGCAGUCGUACUUGAUACUGUCAAAAAGGCUGAAGACAUACCAUCAGCAAUUGUUGUUCGGCUCUACGAGUCUUUUGGUGGAAAAACAAAGGCGCGUCUGACGUCGGCACUUAACAUAACCCGCGUCCAAAGGUGUAAUCUAUUGGAAGUACCUGAUGAUAACACAUCAAUCACGUGGUCCUCUAGUGGUACUGACUUGACCUUUGGACCUUUCCAGAUCAUCACUUUGAUAUGUUUCUUAGAGUCACGUGAUGACAAUUAGUUAGAGUCACGUGAUCACAAUUAGCCAAUUAUCUUAUAUGAAAGUAGUCAUUAUUGGACUGUGCAGCCACGCCUUUUUCUUCAACAAAGCAUGGUGGGAGUUAUAGACCUCGUAAAUUUUUUUCAUUAAUAGGACCUAUUAAAAAGUCCUCAUCAGACAUUUUUGCUUUUACUCUUCAGAAAUAGAAGUUUUUGCGACCUUUCCAGAAGAAAAAAAUAUAUGUAUAUGGCUUUUAGAGAGAUUUUUUAGGGCCAAGUGAAAUGUUCAAUGACUAAAAUUCCCAUUAUACUUUAUUUUACAAAAUGGCGUCGCUCAACAUUGCCAAUUAAUAGUAUGACUGGUCUCAUGACGGGACAUAAAAGUUGUCAAAAUACCUUUUUYAACGGGGCUACGUAUUCGAAAUUGUGAAUAGGAAAAGAAUUAUAGAAACGAUUUUUUUCAAGGUUAAAAACCAAAAUUGGCKCAAAAACAGUAAUUUGUUAUACACAACAGGGGCUGAUCCAGCAAUCGUCCAAAGAAGAACAUGGAUCAUCAGGUUUAAUCCAUUUCCAUCUUGUGCUAUUCCGCUGCAUUUUUACGGAGGAUUUUAACCAAUAAGAAAGAAAUAUUUAACAAUAGAUCUUGUUCAAAACAAAUGAUCGCAAAGGCUUUUGGAUKCAAGUGGGCCAGGUAGAAAAAAAAAUAUUGGAAUAUGUACUGAGAGUACAGCAAAUGUUAUAAUUUAUAGAGGAGUAGGUAGCGUGGGGUGUGUAGGUGUGUAGACUAAAAUACGUAGAGACGUGCAUUUUUGAAAUUAAAAAAGCAUAGAUUUCCUGUC